AGCUAACAAGCUAGCAGCUGUUUACAGCAGCUAAGAAGCUAACAGCUGUUUACAGCAGCUAAGAAGCUAACAAGCUAGCAGCAGCUCCCCAGCAGCAGAGGAAGCAGCCAUGGCUCAGGCCGGAGCUCACCUGACGUCCACCGCCGGGAACGAGCAGCCGUCCAUCUUCGAGGUCCUGGCACAGGAGACUCUGAUGGACGCACUGAAACCUGCUCUGAGACACGCCCUCAAGGUCCUGGCAGAGUGCAGCCCGUCUCGUUUUGGCGUUCUGUGGCGACGCUUUGAUGAGCUCUACCUGCUGCUGGACCUCCUCCUCCAGAACCACUUCCUGUCUCACUGCAGCUCCUCCUUCUCUGAGACCUGACCUGGCGCUGGUUUCCGAUUUCAGUCCUCCUGUCACUGCACAAGAACUCGCCUGUCGCUUCUCCUUCUGUGCGUGGUGCCGUACCUGCGGGCCAAGCUGGAGGCGACGCUGGCGAAGCAGAGGGACGAGGAGGACUUCUCCAUCCAGCUGGCGCGGUCCAGGGGCCGGAGGCUGUACCGGGCGGCGGUGGCAGCUUACCCGUACGUCAGCUCAGCCUGGCAAGCCUGGGUCUUCGGCCAGCAGCUGCUCUUUGUCUUCGGAGUCUCUAAGACCCACAGUCCUCUGCUGUGGUUCGCCAGGGUGAGACUGGCACGACUCAACGCCCAAGAUAUCAGAGACAUGGAGCUGAAGAGCGGCGACGCUACCGACCUCACGGACAAGAGCCUGGUGUUGAGGGCGUGGUGGUUGAUGUCACAGGCUGCGAGGGGCGUGGCCCUCUCCCUCUCCACCUCCCUGUCCAUGGGCGUCUUCUUCCUGCAGUUCCUGGAGUGGUGGUACUCCUCCGACAACCAGAGCACCGUGAAAACACUCACCUCCCUGCCUGCUCCUCCGCCCCCCCUCCACCUGCAGGAGGAGGCUCCAUCGGUCCCGGCGAAGCUCAGCGAAGAAACUCCUCCGGGCUCCGACGGCAGGAACUGUCGUCUUUGCCGAAGACUCUGCACCAACUCCACGGUCCUGUCGACCUCGGGCUUCGUGUUCUGUUACCGCUGCGUCUACAUGUACGUGAAAGCAAAGCGCCGCUGCCCGGUCACUGGAUAUCCCACCGAACUGCAGCACCUCAUCAAGAUCUACUCACCGGAGAGCGGGUGACGGGUUUCUGACUUUAAAGGGAACAGUGAACUUUUAAAAAACGCUGAGCAGUUGACGACGAGUUCUCGAGCUGAACGUUGAGAAGCUGCAGGGAGAAGAACAAUGUUUUCACUUUUGUACACAAUGGACUCUGCACCUUUCUGCCAGUGAUAUGAGCGGAUUUAGAUGUGAAGCCUAAAUUCUAUUAAAUACUAAAUAUUCAAAAAAUCUACAAUAAAUCUGUGUUAAUAAAAAAUGUAUCUGAUCUAGUGAUUCCAGAUCUGCUGAGUUAGCAUGAAGCUAACAGUCUGCUAGCUGUAGCAUCAUAUUUAGUAAACAGACAUGAUAUUAAUCUCUCAUCUGAGAAAGGAAAUAAAAGCAUUUGACCAGAUUAUUGAUCUAUAUCCAUAACAAUCGUUCCCUGAAGUUGACAUCAUGUGAAACACUGAGGGAACUGAAACGUCAGUGAAUUGCUUUAUUGAGUUUCCAGACAAGUUCAACAACAGGCCCACUUUAAAAAAACAAAGGAACAGAAUCAGGAUCAACGUCACAACAUUACAGUGAGACUAAUAAAAAAGGGCUUCGUCGAAACGUCCACAAACCCUGAAAUGAAACUGGAGAAUCACAAGAGUCACUUUCCCUUUUCAAGCUCUUGCAACACUGAGGACGAGAGGAAAAAAGGGCUUAAGUUCGAAAAGGGGACAAAUAUAAUCAUCAAUAAUAGUCACAGUAAUAGAUUGCUCGAAUAGCGUGUAUUGCACAUGUGUACACAUAUAUGCACUUUUAUAUACAUGUGAGUCAGAAAGAAUUAAACACGUAUCGUCGCAACAGGAAAGGAUCUGGAUUCAACGACAGCACAGACGAAGAAGAGUCAGGAAUGUGCUUGUGAUCAGCUCCGACAGGAACUGCUUCAAACUGUUCAGUCUGUCACGAGGGGGGGGGGGCAGAGAGAGAGAGAGAGCGUCUCCCUCAGGAAGAGGGAGGUCAAACAGCGGAGGGGACAGCUCCGACCCCCUCAACCAAUCACAGCAGGACACUACAUGUACACCACAGUAUCAAACAUAUCAAGAAAUGUACAGUAUGAACUCAUGUAGCAAAAAGUGUGAGUGUGUGUGUGUGCGACAGUAAAGCUGUGCAGCCUCUGGACUGGGGAAGUGACCGACAACACAAACAUCACACUGUGUCAACACCACUCAUUGUGUUGCUUUAAAUGUUCAGAGCCUGUGAUACAACCUCACUCCACAAACUGUGUGUGUGUCCUCCAGCAGCCACCAAAUCUGAACAGUUACAGUUACUCUUGUGUUUGUCGCACUCUGGACAUUUAUUGUGUUGCUCUUUGACAGAAGUAGUUGUGCGACGACAGGAAACACACGUCACCGGUCACCACAUGAAACAGACGUGAUUAUCACACUGUGCCUUUGAUCUGCUUGAUGCUCUCAGUGUGUAAUAAACUUGUGUAAUGCUUUAAA